AUGACAAUCUCAAUCAGCGCCGAGGCAUUCUGGACCUCGAUCGAGGACGCCUGGGCCGCAGCAGCCCAGACGCUGCCCGAGGCCUACCGCCCAUCCAUCGCAGCGGCCCGAUCCACCCUAAUCUCACCCACGGCGUCGUCCGAGGACCGCCUUUCCGCCGUCUCGACGCUGGACAAGGCUGAGCGCGCCUUCCUCGACGCCACCCGCACCUAUCUCGGCACACUCACGCAAGGCGACCUGGGCCAGUGGGACGAACACUGCGCCCAGGCUCUGUACGCGAUCGACUCGGCGGCCAUCCACGAAGUGCUCGAUGGAUCCGACGACGGGUUCCUGUACACCCGCGGCUUUGUUGUGAGCCAGGGCAGGAGGUAUUGGGAGCUCGUCAAGGAGGAUGUGGAGACUUAUGGCGUCGAUGGGGCCGAGAACGAGAGCUUUUGCUAUAUUGCUGCUCACUUUUGUAAUGACAAGUUUGGGGAGUGGCCGAAGGCGAGCGUUAGUAGGGAGAGCUGCAGCAAUGCUGAGGGUUGGAAGGAUGUUUAA